UCGACUACGUUGUACAAUUCCUAUUCUUAUGAACGACUGCAUCAGCGUCAUCGUAUUGAAAAUUGUUCAAUAUCUGAGAAAUUUGUGCAGUUCAAUAUUAUUCGUGUAUUUAGGGAAAAGUACAAGAAAUUAAUUUUUCAAGUAAUACUUAAUAUUCAGAGAAUAUUUAUAAUUGAGAACCUCGGGGAAAAUACAAAGCCGAAUACGGUUCGUCAACUAUCUUGGGUGCUGUUAUUCGGAAAGCUGAUCGUUCCGUCGCGUCCGGACCGACCAAUUUAGGGAUAUUUACAUCAUAAUUCCGUUAUUCGUCCUCUAGAAGAGGAAUCGUACUACAAGUAAUUAACUUUUAAAAGUAUUCGGAUUUCCACUAAAAUGCCAGGAGCAGGCACUUUCAAGCUCUUCAUUGGAAAUCUUGAUGAGAAGACGCAGGCAACGGAACUGCGACCACUAUUCGAAAAAUACGGUACAGUUGUGGAAUGCGAUGUAGUGAAAAAUUAUGGCUUCGUUCAUAUGGAAACAGAGCAACAAGGUCGCGACGCUAUCCAAAAUUUGAACGGUUACGUGUUGAAUGACAAUGCUAUAAAAGUGGAAGCGGCAAAAAGCCGUCGCGCUCCUAAUACGCCAACAACGAAAAUCUUCGUUGGAAAUUUAACGGAUAAAACGCGAGCACCCGAAGUGCGCGAAUUAUUUCAAAAGUUUGGAACCGUCGUCGAGUGUGACAUCGUGCGUAACUACGGAUUCGUUCAUUUGGAUUGCAUCGGUGACGUACAAGAUGUCAUCAAGGAAUUGAAUGGUCGCGUCGUUGACGGUCAGCCGUUAAAAGUGCAAGUAUCAACUAGCCGUGUACGUCCUAAACCUGGCAUGGGCGAUCCGGAGCAGUGUUAUCGUUGCGGUCGUUCAGGACAUUGGUCUAAAGAAUGUCCACGCUUAUACGGCGGUGAACGCGGUUUAAGUGCCGGCGGCUAUAGAGACCGAAUGUAUGGUCGUGAUCCGUAUCCUCCACCACCACCACCACCACCAUUCUUACGUGACAGGAUUAUGGAUGGCUUUAGGGAUUAUGAUUACUAUGAUCGUAGAUUUGAAGAUACCCGUGACCUGUUCGAGAGGCGUUAUCAGAGUUCACGAAUGCGGGAUUUCCCCCCUCCACCACUGUCUCGACGAGAGCCGAUGCCGUUGCCUCCACCGCUAAGUGGUAGUUUAAGAGGCAGCAGCCUGUCUCGUGGUUAUGAUUCAAUGUUUAGUCGUCGGUCACCACCACCUCGGAGCAGCAACGGACUUAGCCGUUAUGGCUAUGAAGAUUUCAGUCGUGAUUCGUUUGAUGAUCGAAUGAUUUCAUCCCGAGGAAUGCGAGGACCCUCGCCGCCAGGUCGCCGUUAUGCACCGUACUGAGAUGAACUUUAUUUCGGCCGCAUGACUUAUAUGAGCGGUAGUUUGUGUUAAGGAUUAAUUAAAACAGCUCACAGUCGAAGGACAAAUCAUACAGACAUAUUUCUAUCGUUGAUAAUUUAGUUCAUGUGCAUUAAGGCAAUUAUUUUUACAUUUAGGUAUAUUUCAUUCUACCUAAAAUGAUGUUUAAAAUUUCAUAAAUUGUAUAUUCAAGUUUAUACAGCUCAAUGAUUCAAAAUGCAUUAUUUUGUGUCAUUCUUUUUUAAUUUGCAAUGACAUUAAUCAUAACGUAAGCAAUGUCAAAAGCAUUGCUUAAACCUUUCUAAUUCAGAAAAAAAAACAUAUUCUAUUUAUAAAUUAUUGGAUUUCAAUAUAUAAAAA